CUCCACUAUCCUAUCGGGAUCCAUCAACUUCCACGCUACCCAUGUUUUUUGUCGACAACCUACGUGCGUAUCGUAUCGGACGAGACGAAUGCCGAAUACCGGUAUUACCAAGAGACCAGCAUUGCCUGCCUACCCAGCAACAGAACCACGCAGCUGGGCAGGGUACCAUUGGCGAAUCGAUACGACGACUCCUGCAGCCAUCCAUCGCAUUGCGCUUGGUUUCUUUGCCCAUUGACAGGCCCCCCCGUCACCUUUUCCAAGCCUUCGGAACUGUCUCCUCCUCGUCCUCGUCCUCCUUCACCAGCGCCGUGGGAUUGAUGGUCUUACCACCGCUCAGAGCUCCGAAUUCUCAAGGGGGAACAAGGGAACAAACGAAGAGCAAGGCACAGACGGCAAUCCUAGCCCAUGGCGUCGGAUGCCAAAGCAAGGACCGCUGCUACGCUAGUCAACGUCGUCGCAACGAUCCAGCACUCAUCCCAGUUCCGUCAUGCCCGCCAUCAGGGAGCAGGAAACACUGGCCGCUUGCCUGGGGUUCCAUCCCAUUCUUAAUUAUCUACGGAGUAUUAAACAGGAACAUUACCCCCCUUUCCCAGUCCUUCGGGUCGCUGUGUCUCAGAUGCUCCUCGUUCCCCUUUGGAAAAUCUCCAAUCUGGCACCACCAUCAUCAGCACCCCGUGCAUUCCGCCCUCUGUUUCUUGCUGCGUGACAGCCCGUAACGACCUACCGGGUACGUCAAUUAACCCGAGCCCGCGUCCGUGGGAAGUGUCCGUGUUGCAACGGUUCUGCGUGUCGCCGCUGCUGUGUUACAUUCUGCCCCGUCGACUCACCAUUCGUGUAAACGACGCGACGCUGCGAGCUACUGGGAAACUAAGAAGCAUAUACCCCGACUUACAUGCAAGGUGUGUGAUGCCCCGACACCCUCCUC